AAAUACAUCUCUCCAUAUUGCACUGGUUUGGGGUAUGUGCACCGUCCAUUUACCCCCUGUGUAUGUUGUCUCCUCUAGGACCUGUCUCCACUGGGCUUGUAAGAGGAAUCACCUCCGUGUGGUCACCUACCUGCUAGAGGCCGGGGCCGACAAAGACGUCUUCACAAGUAAAGGGGAGAGAGCCGCUCAGCUAACGUCUAAGAAAGAGAUCAAGAGAGCGCUGGGGGUUGAAGACUUAGAACCUGAUGAAGUUAAACCUGAGUCUGAUUUAGUGUUUAUUCCAAAUUAUCUGGCCAGUUCGCAACUUCCUUUCACCUACACCCGAGAAAGCAACAAACAAGAGAAUAGCGCCCCCUGCAUUGAGAAUGGCACCUCCCACUCUACGCCGCCUCCACCACCCGCCACUAGUUUCCCGCUGCUGAACAAUGGGGUGGAGAACAUUCACAUCAAUACCUCAGUGAAGAAGGAAGACAAGUUCCCGGCCUUGUUUUAUAACGGAGAAGUGCAGAUCCCUCCAGAAUGUUCGCACCCGCCGGUCCAGAACCGCAGCAUGUAUUCCCCCAUCUCCUCUAAUCUGCCACAUGGGGGCGCCCACGGAGGACCUAUGCAAGUGUUUCAACCGUUCUUCUUUACCGGAGCCUUCCCAUCCAAUAUGAAAGAGUUAGUCCUAAAAGUGAGGAUUCAGAGCAGUUCCCCCGGGGACAAUGAUUUCAUUGAAGUGGAAAUGGACCGAGAGGAGCUGACGUACCGGGAACUUGUGCGGGUCUGCUGCUACGAGCUGGGAGUCAGUACAGACAGCGUGGAGAAGAUCAGGAAGCUCCCGAACACCAUGCUCAGGAAGGACAAAGAUGUCGCCCGGCUGCAGGACUUCCAGGAGCUCGAGCUGGUCCUGAAACACGACCACAUCCUCUGCAGGACAUCAACGUCACUGACCGACCGACCCUGCUUCAACAAGAAGGCCUCGCAGCUCACCUACUGACACUGACUGUCCACUAACCUACUGACACUGAGCGUCCACUAACCUACUGACACUGACCGUCCACUAACCUACAGACACUGACCGUCCACUAACCUACUGACACUGAGCGUCCACUAACCUACUGACACUGAGCGUCCACUAACCUACUGACACUGAGCGUCCACUAACCUACUGACACUGACCGUCCACUAACCUACUGACGCUGACCGUCCACUAACCUACUG